AUGACUACCGAUGAACUGAGGGAAGUGAAGAAGCAAAUCGGCAUCAUUGACGUGAGUUUUCCCGAAGUGAAGAACCCCAAGUUUGAGGAUUUCUCAGACUUCCCACAAUCUUACUGGACACUCACGCCCAAGGAGAAGCUCAUUCUGAUGUUUGCCGAGAACUUUCGUCAGCAACACAAUGAGAAGCACAUUGACCGGAUGCCACUGGUUUUGGCGCCAAAAAACGAGUGCGGCAUCCAGAAGUUCGUGUCCACCACAAUUCGACCAACAUCUCUCCACUAUCCGGACUUAAUUGGAUCCUGGGAGAAAAUCUCAUCCUUCGUGGCGGACCACAUUGAGUACGAGCCACUGACCAACCCCACAACGAUUCCUGAGCGUCUCAUCUCACCGGAUACCCUGUUGAGACGUCGUCAGGGGAAUUCCUUUGAGAUGGCCACUCUGCUGUGCAGCCUUCUCCUCGGCUCUGGAUUUGGGUCAUUCGUGGUUUCGGGCUACGCUUCUCGGGAGGUGACUACUAAUGACCAGACCCGAGUCUCCUGUCCAUGUGCAAUUCCAGAUGAUAAUCCCGACUGCUCAGCCAAUAACACCGAUCCUAAGAAGAAGUACAGCCUCAGACCGCCUGUGGAUCUUCGGAGUCAGUUUCUCGUGCACAUGGACGAGAUGGAGGCCAACAGGAAGAGAUCUGAGGAGGAGAAGCGUCGCGAGGAGGAGCGGCGUCGCGUCGCGGAAUUGGAGCAGCUGCCCGAGGACGAGUUUGCCGGGAGGCGUGUGCACGCAUGGGUGGCGAUUCGCGAGCGUGACAGUGGCCAAAUGUUCUUCGUGGAGCCUUCCACGGGUAUCCAAGUGACUGAGGUGGUGGCGAGCUAUUUCGGGAUCGAGUCAGUGUGGAAUCAACACAAUUACUAUGUCAAUCGCCAACGGCGGGAGGCAAUUGCAGACGAAACAAUGAGAUGGGAUUUGGUUGAUAGAAAUGACUGGGAGCACUUUUUGAUGGAUGGCCACGAUGAGGACCAUUUGCGGGCGGCCGGAGGUUCGGGUGGCGGCAUCGUAAUGGCUGAGAGGAACUUGGACAUGCCAAUAUCGUGGGUGAAUCAAUUGAAAAUUGAGUUAGGGGCCUUUGAGCGGCGCUUCCCGGCAGCUGAGAAGAGUAUUAAGUACAAAAGGGUCAUUUACGAGAGAUUUUCGCCAUACAGGCAAGAGAGUGGACUCGUGAAGAGACUCACGACGUACGAAACGCUCGAGUAUGAGCACGAGAAGGAGCAAUGGCAGUGGUUUUCCAACAGGAAGGACUUUCUCGAAAUGAUUAAGAUUCUCCGUGGAGAUAAUUCGUCAAAGGAGUACUUUAUUAGAGGUCGACCAGACUACCUCAAGUUCAUCGCGAAGCCAUUAGAUGAAAAGUCCACUCAACGAAUCUACGAAUUCUACCACGCAUUUCGAAUGGACUCUCUCAGCCGCCUGGAAAUGGAUUCCACUCACAUCAGAGAAUAUUACACGGAUCGUGAUGAUUUUCUUCAAUUUCGCGAAUUUACAGUCGCCCCAAAUUGCAAUUUCAAACAAAUUGAAGCAUCUCAGAUUAAGAGCAUUGAGGAGAGAUUCAGACGAAACGACAAGAAGGCAGCUCUGGAUGAUGUGGCCACGAGAAAAUUUCUUAUCUCAGAAAAUCGCAUCACUCUUCGCUUUCACUAUGAGAAAAACAGCAUCACGGCCUCGACGAGGGAGUUCCUGAAGCCUGUGAAGCCCAACUAUCAGGAAGAAGUGACUUUUGAUGUGAACAGCACGAAAGGAUAUCAAUCAAACAUCACGAGUCCCGCGCCAACUGCAGUGGAGCUCUAUCUUAUGCUGCUGGAGCAACUUGAGGCGGAGGAGGGGGCCAUCAAAUCCUUCCUAUCGCGAUGCGGUGAAUUGAGGACUCUGGAGGAGCUCCGUCGACGGGAGAUGCUGAAGCCGUCUCUGAAAAUCAGCAUCUUUGAUCCGCUGAGGAACGACGAGGCUAGACGUCUGAGAAUCGAGAGGGUGAGCUGCAUCAUGUGCCAAAAAUCACAAUUUUUCCUUUCACUCAUGGUGAAAAUCGACUUUUGCUCUCAUGGCCCGAAUUCACGUCAUGCCACGCAGUAUGAGAUGAUGAGGCGGAGAGAGGAAAUGGCACAGAAGGACUGUCCCGAUUUCUUGGCACCUUACCUCGUGGGUAUUCAAUCGACUGAGGCGAACGCCGAGCCACCGUCUUAUGACACUUCCUUAUCGGCCUUCAACUCAUGUCUCUCCGAUAAGAGACAGCACUUCGAGGAACUGCUGCAAGAGUUGCAGCGUCAGUAUCAAGAGUUGGACAACGAAACAAAGUCUCUGCGGAGUUUCGUACUGCGUUUUCAGGAUCGCUUCGAUGAUUCUGAUUUUGAGAACAUCGUCAAGGAGGGUGAAAGUAUUAAGCGGCACAGAAAUGUGAUUCAGAACCGAAUGACAUGCCUGCGGCAGGAGUCCCAGGAGAAGUACCAAAAAGUCAAAAAUGCUCUUCUACGCGAUAAACGACUGAAAAUGCUUGCUUGA